AUGGACUCAGCAGGUGAGGCCGAGUUUGAGAGAAAUGAAUCGACCUCCCAGCUUCAAGGUCAUGGAUCCUUAGCGGUGCAACCCUCUCGAGUCCCGGUCUUUCCCAUCAAUGACAGCGGAGAUUGCAACCGCAAUGCCGUGUUGCCACAGUCUGGGCAGCUUCCACGAGAUGAGUUAACCCCUGAACCCAACGGUGGUUCCAAGGAAUUGUUGAGUCUGUGA